AUGAAUACAGUACAAUCACCUAUGCUGUCUGCAAAUUGCGAUGGACAUCCCACAACCCUAGUUACUUAUCAACCAACAUAUAUUACAGCCAUUCUUGGUUGCGUCUUGGUUACAGUGGGCAGGAGUGGUUUAUUUAAUCUAUCCGGAGAAGAAUCAAAAGAUUUUGUCAGCAUUCUGCCACCUGGAUGGAGUAUAGAAUGUCAAUUUACUGAUAAAGACAAAACUGAAUAUGUCACUGGUGAGAUUGUUUCGGGUACAAUCGAAUUCUUCAAUAGUGAUGAUUCGGAAUUAAAAUUUAAGAAGAUUAAUAUUAUAUUGGUUGGUGAGGUUGUCUACAACAUUUCAGAGAAGAUAGGCAAAACAACAUCAACAAAGACGUAUAGGAUGGUAUUUUUCCAGCAAGAUUUUCUUUCACACACGAUUGGUAAUGAUAGUGGGAUUUCCCUACCGAUCGGUAGAUACACUUGGUCGUUCAGUGGCCUUGUUGAUCAUCUCCUAUUGCCUUCGAUCAACAUAACCGAUCCGAAGAGUCCACUAGUUCACUAUUUCAUUCGUAUAGAAAUGACUCAAAUCAAAUGGUACAAGAAAAAUGUUUACAAAAAUUUUUUUCUUAAUGUUCGACAUAAUUCACCGCUGUUUGUAAAUGUAACGAGAGUCGAAAGUCAAGAAAAAAAUAGAAAUGUUCAUAUUCAUGUCACUCUACCGAAGAAUCGUGUCGUAACUGAGAGUAAAUUCUUAUUUGAUAUUGAUUUACACAAUUCGAAUGAAGUGCUUAUAUAUGGCGUGUCGGCAUCUCUUGUUCAAAUUUGGGACAUAAGCUCCAGGAGAAUACCAGGCGAUCAACUAUUUUAUGUGAAUCGGCAACAAGUGCAAAUACUUUAUCGAGAUUUGGAAGGAACCCAAUCAUUUCGUGGCGAACAUUUUCAUAGAAGUUUCGAAUUAUUUGUACCUCGCACGAUUCCACCUACAUGCUCCAUCGAACACCCUUCCUCGCUUACUGGAGCACGAAUCGUCUUGAGUUAUGAACUCUUGAUCAAAGUUCAAGUUUCUGGUCUUUUCUCGGAUAUUGACAUGAAAAUUCCAGUCAUCGUGAGCAAUAUAAUUCAUUUAAAAACUGCCGAAAAAAUUCUGUCCACAUCCAAAAACGAAUCUAGUUUCUUCAAUUGA